AAACAUACUACCAACUGAUACCAGGAACUUACUGGACACCGCCUUACACGUGUUACACUGCUGGGGGUAAUUCUUGUAGCAGCUGUUUAACUCACCCAAGUGCAGCGUAUUAUGUUAGCCCGAGUAAAUUAUCAGGUCAUUCAAACUUCUAUUCUCAUUAUGCAAGUUCUACGUCUUCGGUGUCUUCCCAACACUAUACUCAGGACUCUUCCAGUCAAAACAAAACUCGCAGACCUCGUAGGCCCUGGACUCGAGCGGUUUUUUCCAACCUGCAACGUAAGGGACUGGAGAAGAGAUUUCAAGUUCAAAAAUACUUAACUAAAACUGAUAGACACCAGCUCGCUUCAAUGUUAGGACUGUCCGAUAACCAAGURAAAGUUUGGUUUCAAAACCGAAGAAUGAAAUGGCGGCAAGAUGCUCGAGAAUCUGUUACUAGUACAAACACUGAAGGCGGAGAAUAGUGCGCAUGAGCUAUAAAUCAAUUCUCAUAAUCCUUUGAAGGGAGGUCUAGUACAUAUAUUUAAAUUAUUGAGUCGCAUCGUCCAUGCAUAACUCUUACAGACGGCUCACAAAUGUCAGCAACACGUGAAUGUUUUAAAUUAUGAUGUGUUAUCAUGCGACGAUUGUAUGAUAUAUUUAAGGCCUGGAUGUAAUAAUUACUACAAAUAAAGCUAUAUGAUAAMUCGAGACAACUGAAUAAAUAAGAAUAA